AACUUGGGAUUAGGCGUAUUCGAACAAAUAAAAGAACCUUCAGAGUGCGAUAUUAUAAUGGAUCCAAAAGGGGCAACUUCUAAUAAUUCAACUAAACCAAAAAUAAGAAACCCAACAACAUCAAGUUUCUUUGAAAAACAGCUGCAAAGGUCUACUAGUUCUUUACGUGGUUCCGGUUAUGCGCUUCCCUUUUCAGCAGAGAACUUCGACCAGAAAGAAACUGGUUACCAAACUCCAGAACAGAUAACUGGUUACAAACGCCCAGAAGGACAGAACUGGGGUAUCAAACCGCCAAGAAGGAAAACUUGGGACAUGAAAGUGGG